GCAUAAGAGGUAACAGACAACGACAUCAAGUGCAACUUGACUUUUAGUGUUAAAGUCAAGUAAUAUCUGUAUUAUAUAUGUCUAUAUAUAUCUAUGUAUCAUAAAAAAAGAGCAAGGCCUUCAUUCGCCGACUGACAACUACGCGUUACACUGACAUCCUCCUGUAUCUGCUAAAAUUUAUUGUAAAUCAAAAAACUACCAAGUUCGAUAACAAUUACCAUUACGUCUACUCUUCCAUCAGUUUAUUUACACAAUUACUCAACAAUCACAAAACUUUAAAUAUCUAAUGACUGUGAAAAUGAUUUAAAUAAUUUAUUAAUUAAUAAAUAAAUAAAUAAAUAAGUUAAUUAAAAGCAACGAUGGCUGUGGAAAUUUUUGACGAGGAUCAUCUUGCAGUAAGUGCUAUAGUGACUAUCGGAAUGCAGUUGAUAUUUUUUUCAAUUGCCGCAACAUUUCAAAUGGACAAGGUCACGGAUUUCGCUGGAGGAAUGAAUUUUGUUAUCAUUGCCCUGCUGACAUUUUUUCUGGGCCAGGAGGGAAAGGUUUAUGACAGCAGACAAUUGAUGGUGACAAUAUUUGUUUGCCUGUGGGGAGUAAGACUGUCAUCGUAUCUGCUCUAUCGGAUACUGAAAAUCGGGCGUGAUAAAAGAUUCGAUGACAGACGAAGUAACGUCAUCAGGUUUGCUGUCUUCUGGACUUUCCAGGCUUUUUGGGUUUACAUCGUAAGUCUUCCGGUGAUGAUUAUAAAUUCACCACGUCACAGAUUCCCCCUGUCACCUAAAACCAUGACAACUCUAGACAGCGCUGGUACUGGACUAUUUAUCAUCGGUUUGCUCGCUGAAACUUACGCUGAUCUUCAGAAGUUUGCGUUCAGGCAGGAUCCGCACAAUAAUGGAAGAUGGUGUGAUGAUGGACUGUGGGGAGUAUCGAGGCAUCCGAAUUAUUUUGGUGAAAUAGUACUUUGGUGGGGAAUUUUUAUAAUAUCCUUAAAUGUCAUUGAAGGAUUUGAAUGGAUUGUAAUAGCAUCGCCUAUUUUUACAACAUUUAUUAUACUAUUUUUGUCGGGAAUGCCGUUACUUGAGAGAGCAGCUGACGAAAGAUAUCGAGAUAAUGCAGAGUAUCGACAAUACAAACAAUCGACAUCACCGUUGAUUCCAAUACCGUCAGCGAUCUACUCGGAAGUACCUGGAUUUAUGAAAUUUAUCUUGUGCUGUGAAUUUCCGUUGUACAAUUCCCUUGACGUCAAGCCACGAUCAGCCGUCACAGAAUCAACUUCGAUUAGCCUCGCUGCGUCCACGUAGCUAUAAAUCCACGUCAGGUAUCUGCUGCGAUUCCUGGCGUGCUUAUAACUUGAUAAAUAUAUAAAUUUUUAUUUUAUCAUUUAUUAUAAGCUUGUUAUUUUUACUUUAUAAUUAAAUUUAUUUUGUAUACAAAUGUA